AUGAGGCAGGUGGUCACCACGUGCUGCAGCCAGGAGGCAGAGGGAGAUGAAUUUGAGAGCACCCUCACCUUCUUAUUAGCCCGAAGACUCCAGCCUAUAGAAAGGAGCUGCCCACAUUUGGGGCGGGACUUCCGGUUUCAGUUACUCCUCUCUGAGAACGUCCCCCGCCCCACCCUCAGAUACAUCCAAAAGUGUGUCCCCGCCCUAGAUGACGGCAAGUGCAGUGAAGUUGACAGUGAGGAUGAAAGCCAACAGGUGGUCAAGGAGGACACUGAGAUGCGUGGGGUCCUCAUCCUCUUUGUAUGGUUAUACGGCUCUCAGUGUGGCUUCUUCAUGUGGCCCUGCCGUGUUUCUGCCCACCUGUACUGUGAAUACAUGCCUGAUGUUGCUAAAUGCAGACAGUGGCUAGAGAAGAAUUUCCCACAUGAAUUUGCAAAGCUGACUGUAGGAACAGAUUUUGGCAGUGAGGAGGAAGAAGGAAUAAUUGAAGAAAAUGAAAAUGAGGCAGAAGGAAAGAACCAAGAAAAUUCACCCAAACAAGAAGCUGGAAUUAGUGAAGGCCAAGGACCAGUAGGGGAAGAGGAGGAGAAGAAAAAACAGAAGAGAGGUGGAAGAGGUCAGAUAAAGCAGAAGAAGAAGACAGUUCCACAGAAGGUCACCAUAGCCAAAAUCCCCAGAGCAAAGAAGAAAUACGUGACGAGAGUGUGUGGCCUUGCAACUUUUGAAAUUGAUCUCAAAGAAGCACAAAGAUUUUUUGCUCAAAAAUUCUCCUGCGGUGCCUCAGUAACAGGGGAGGAUGAGAUCAUCAUUCAGGGAGACUUCACAGAUGACAUAAUCGAUGUCAUUCAGGAAAAGUGGCCAGAGGUGGAUGAUGACAGCAUCGAAGACCUUGGGGAGGUGAAGAAAUGAUUAUGUGUUUCUGAGCUGACCUGAGAGUUGACAGGGCCAGCAGAGGAGAGGCCUUUCAGAAAUAUAUACAUAUGUACAUAUGUGUAUGUAUAUAUAUCCUACAGUAAAGCUGUGGACUCCUCAUCCUUGGCGUUCUCACUGUUCUGUACAAGGCUGCUUGGUUUGUUUGUUGUUUAUUUGUUUGUUUGUUUUUAUUGCCAAAGUCUGAAAAACCAGAGAGAGAGACUGUCAUGCUUAUGCAUGAAUCUGAAUUUAGUCAAAUAAAACAUUUUGGUCAUUUGGUACUG